UUUUUUUUGGGUAAAACAAAUUUGGCGCGUGUAAACAAAAGUUGUGAAGCUAAUUGGAAAAAGUAAAAAUUAUGUUUAAUAAGGUGCAUAUUUUAUCUGUGGGAUAUUCACGAAGUGAUCCAUUGGAUUCAAAUGUUAUGCUUGCAAAUUGUACCUCGACUUUAAUCAAAACACGUUGCGGAAAAAAUAUAAUUGUUGAUACGAUGACUGCUUGGGAUGGCGAGGUUAUUGUAAAGGCCCUAAAACAACAUUCCCUGGAACCUAAAGAUAUAAAUUACGUUGUUUGCACUCAUGGCCACUCAGAUCAUAUUGGAUGUAAUUAUCUUUUUACAAAUGCCGACUUGCAUUUUGUGGCUUCGUGUAUGUCUUACCGGGAUAAGUAUCCCAACUACGACUGGGUGCAACCAUAUUCGUUGAUUGUUGGUGAAGUCGAAAUAAUUCGUACUCCAGGCCAUACUUCAGAUUGUGUUAGUUUGCUAGUUAACAACACCGAUCUGGGUGGCACUGUUGGUGUAUGUGGCGAUUUAUUUGAAAAUGGCCAAGAUGUAUGGGAUUCUCAAAUAUGGACAAAUGCUGGAUCGGAAAACCAAAAACUGCAGAAAGAAAAUCGUUUAAUGUUGGCUAAAUUAUGUUCAUAUAUAAUUCCGGGACAUGGAAAUGGUUUUAUUGUUACAGAUGAUAUUAGAAAUAAGCUUCAACAAGAUUUCAAUGAAAUUUAAAUCAAAAUAAAGAACAUACAAGAAUUCCAUAAUGAGGUAA